AUGUCUAAACGCACCGUCUUCACAUCCAUCACGCCGCUCCCCGCCGGCAUCUCGCGGCAGACGGCCCUCUCCUUCCUGCACAACCACCUGGAGAUGAUCGACCUCAACCCGCUCAUCGUCCGGCACGAGCGCAUCCCGCCCCCGGCCCACUGCCCGGCCGAGGAGCGCGGCUGCAUCUGGUACCAGCUCACCGACAAGGUCUCGUACCUCCCCGGCGGGCUCGCCGCCAGCGACGUGGACUACACCUGUGCCUUCCACGACCUGCCUACCGGCUUGCAGACGCACUGCUACGCGCCCCUGGGGCUCGACAUCCGCGAUCGCUGGUCCGUCGGCGGGUCCAUGCCGGGGGAGCCCCGCGAGCCCGUCGAGCUGGGCAUCGGCGCGCCCGCCACCGGCCUGUACCUCCGCGAGGACGUCGACAUGCGCUGCAACAUCGUCAUGGCCGCGUUCGUCAAGAAGACGCUCAAGAAGUCCCAUGGCGCGCUGGUCGUACGGCUGGCGGAGAAAGCCAGGCUUAUUAGAGACGAGGAAGCCAUUGCCGCGAAGAACAGACCGCUGCCGCAACCCCGGCGCAUCAGUAUCCCCCGCCGUCUGUCCUUCCAAGGCGAGCUAUCGCCGACGCUGGAGAAGGGCCCCGCCCUGCCGCGCCCAGAGCUGGAGGAGCAGCACAAUCACCCCCAUCACCAAAGCAGAAUCGGCAACGGGGACCUCAUGAAGCCGCUGCCGCGGGCGCCCUUUGAGCUGGCUGACACGGACCCCGGACGAAGAGUCGAGCUGGAAUAG